AUGUGGCCAAUUCACAGCCCUUUGUUAUUGGAGUGUUCUCCGGAUCCAUUGGGUGACUCCCUCGGCAAUCGUGUUGGUGAAGUGAAAGACAUUGUGGCCAGUGGUCUGCGUGUUCCGCAUACGGAGAAUGCCGUGAAGGUGAACCUAGCCAAUGCCAUCUGCGACAUUUCUGCCCACCGUUAUGUGCGGCAAGUUAAAGCUCAAAAUGACAACUAUGGAUGUGACUGGUAUGCUGCUUCGCAGAUCGAACUACACUCACUGUAGGUGAUUUCAUAAGCGAAAGUCUAAUGUGAACCGCAUGUCCACCGAGAGCUCAGUCAACGGCUAUACUAAUUAGACUGCCUUCUAUUCGAGUUUAGGAAUUUUUACAGGAGACAGUAACAGCAUGAAGCAAUUGAGACCGUCAAUUACCUCCGCAGUCAACGAGGGCGGGGACGAGACUAGUCACAUCGAAAUAUGAAUCCGAUGCAGCCCCACGGUAGGUCAAUGAGGGCAUUGUACAGACUUUACAGUGUAUGAGGAUGGGCAGACGAAUUAACAACUCGAACUGCAAGACUUCCCCUGAUGGAUGCCUACGUUAGACAUGCCACCUGGAAAUUGUAUUUUUUUCUGGUAUCAACGUUAUUAGUAAUUUAAAUGACGAGAGCAUUACUCAUGUUUUACCACAGAUAUUUUUUUACAUGAACCGCCAGUAGCCAAUGAAAGUGGUCCGCCUUUUUAUGUGAAAGCCGUUUAAUAUCGCAUGAAGAAGAACUGUAUCCUGGUAUAUGUUUUUCGUCAAGAUUUCUUUUACAUGCACAUACUUAAUAAGCCGUCGUUUUUAACACUUGCCUGUCCGCUUUCCUAUGUCGUGUGAUAGAGUAGGCGCUAUCUUGGUUGUCCGACUGUGUACUUACAUGGACUAGCUAUCACAUGUUUGCUUUCGCCGAAGCGCCGAUGGCACAUUUAAAGGUACUGCGAUAGCCUAUAAUUUAAAUGAGUGCAAUCGCGUCUACAAAAGCGAGGCCAAAACGGGGGGGACGGGGGACGAAAAAGAAUAAAUGAGUAACUUUGCACAAUUUUUUUCGAAUGCUGUGGCCAAAUGUGGCUGCCGUCUAGAAUGCCAGGCCGUAUCCAUGCCACAGAGUCACGUCUAGCCUCAUCACAGCCUUCUCUGGCCACAGCCAGCCAGCCGAAGCUGGUGCUAGCAGAGUAGAUUGCUUUUUGCUGUCGUGCGACCGCCGUUGACGCCACUCCCUCGCGAGCUUGAAUAUUUACAGCAACCGACAAAGUGUGUGCCCGCCGCUCAAGUAGGUGAGUUUCUGUUUCACCUAAAAGCUGAACCUAUGCUAGGACUUUGGGUCUGACAGAUCUUAAUAUGAUGUUGGCUCUCUGACGACGAUAUGUAAGUCUGAGACGGCGGUUGCAGUCUUUACAGGCUCUGCUAAUACUGCCUCUUCUUGAUGCUUACUGCACUAAAUCACUGGUUCCCGUAAUUAUUUAGUAAAUAGUGACAGAAGCAAAUUGCCAAUAAGCUACUUGUUAAGUGCUCAACAUUAUGCACAGGCACAUUGGCGUCAAUGGUUUCCCGAUCACAGGCAGCAUAACAUGUGCAUAGUUCGAAAUCACGUGUUAAUGCGCAGGACCAUUUUGACCUUUUCGGCGACCACGGAGUGCAGUUCAGGACAAUUGUCUAAUUUUGCUCAAUCGACCCGAAAAUUGCAGAUUGGCAGGCUCACGGCAUUGAAGAAAUUAAGUUCAAAUAAAUGUACCAGCGAUUUGCACUGACAUACAGCGGGCUGGUGGCGAAAGAAGAGCCGGCUGUUAACACCGUCCGCCAGGGCAGUUCAUAGGGUGGUUAAGCUUAUCUCGUCAACCGUUUUAAACGACUAUGAGUUCAAAAAAUUCGCAGACAGAGUAAAUUAACGCUUUUUACAGAAUGACUUUUACGGAUGACUUUUUUCUUUUAGGGUUACUUCGAAAAUUUUAUUAAUCUUGCCAAUUGUAGGGCUUCACACUUUGUUCUCAUUUCUAAGAAUGCCAAUCAUGCGCUGGCGACUAGCUGCAGGCUAAGCAGCCUGGCGUCUGUCGAGAUUGGCGUAAUGAUCGCCAACACAAAUUCUCCUAAAUCACAAGUCAGGGAAGACGGAUUGAUUUGGACAACUUUACUGACAUGUCAAAGCCUGAUGGAAGCUCUGAAAGCAGUCGCCGCCAGCUGCCCCCAGGCAAGUCGUUUUGCUCGCGUCCACCGUUGAGGUUGUUAGCCCCCAGCGCGUGUGUGCCUCCUUCUUUCUGUCCCGGUUAGCAUCCGCCAGCCAAUCAGAGAAGGCGCAACGUUGAUUACAUUCGUGCUCUCGCCAGGCUAGUGAUACGCCUCGCGCGUUUCCAACAGCGAAUACACAGAGAGCUUAGGGUGGACAGAAGGGCAGAUAGACAAAACGGCAAAGAACAGAGAAGCACGGACCGCCACAAGUCUACUCACUGUGUACCACUGCUUCUGCUACUAUUGCAACUACUACUACUACUACUACUACUACUACUACUACUACUACUACUACUACUACUACUACUACUACUACUACUGCUACUACUACUACUACUACUACUACUACUACUACUACUACUACUGCUACUACUACUACUACUACUACUACUACUACUACUGCUUUUAUUAUUAUUAUUGUUACCACCGCCACCACUUCUAUUACCACCGUGCUGAUGUCGUUGCUAAGAUGGUGUGUGCUUUGGGCUAG